AUUGAUUGAAUAAUGCAUUAAUGGAUGAGUUGUUCAUCGCUUCACACAUUCAUUGCAUGACUCGCGAGGAGUGUAUGACUUGACACCCAUUCACACCAAUUAUCACCACAAAUGAGUCAACUCUUGUGUGCGACGGACCAACUGCUGGCCAUCGCUGACGACAAGUUUAUCGUCAAUAAUAUGCUGACGGAUGACGACUUAGACCUCGACUUAGAUCCGUGCGUUUGGGCGGACCUGUUGUCCAACGACUCCAACAGUUGUGAUUCAAUGAUCACUCAGAUGAUGGACACGACGACCGCUGUCAUAGCAGACGCCACGCAAACCCUUCAGACGCCGGAAACGCCGCCGUCUUCUGACCGCUCGACUCCACCCAACUUUGACGACCUCUUGACCACCACUCAGACGGCUGUCCGCACGACACACAACCACCUCUUCAUACCGAACGGCACAUCACUGUCACCGCAAUCGCUGGCCAACGGCGUCGCUCUCAUACCGGCCAUCAAUUGGUGUCCAAUGAGUCCUNACCCGUUGUAUGCCUUCAAAUCGUUUUUAAGAGGUUUUGAGCGAAAAAAAUGA